UUUAAUCCACCAGCACUCACCCUUUGCCUCCAAGUUAGCUUCUGGAAUCAUAUAUUAAGGCCUGGAAAUAAUGGCCUUCUCGUCGAUUCCAUCCCAAAUCCGCACUCUCACACAGCCGCCGCCUCCCAACGCAUUGGCAUCUCAGAUCCGAGCUCAUGUCGACGCACAUUUCUCUGAUGUAGCCGCUCUUAUAAAGCCUACAUAUCGAGACCAAACUCAGCCUAGUAGUGGAUUACGGAAGAAGAGAAGGGAAGGCCUCGAUGAUGAAAUAUCUCACUGGGAGGGAAAAGACACCAAGGCUGCAAAGGAGCUUCAAGAGACAAGCAAGGCGCUUCCAUCUCUCCUUUCAAAUACUCAGGACUCUCUACAGCAACUUCUUCAAUCCGCCCAAGAAUUAUCUCUACAAAGAUACAACCUGGCCGACAAGCUCUCAGAGCUUAUUGGUGACAUUUCAGGGUCGGUAGAGGGACAAGGAACUCUGGAUGCCGAAGCAAAGAUUAGAAACAAGCAGAGAACGAUCUUAAAUGAACUCGAAGGGUUGCAGAAUGACCUAGGAAACCUCCAAGCUGGUCUCGCGUGGACGAACAUGUUGGAAGAAGCCGUCGCGUUGAGUGACUCCACUUUGAACCCUCAAAAUCACAAGCCAUCACCCCUGGUAGCCUUACCCCACUACAGGCGUCUCCAUGCCCUAGUGGAAGGGAUGACCAAAUCUUUGCCGAAAGAGAUGGGCCUUUUGCAUGUGGUGAUGGAUAUUAAAGAGCAGACGUGGCAAGGGUUGAAGGAUAUCAUGUCUGAGAACCUGUUAAUCGCAAGCGAAGCAUUAGGUUGGCCGAAACAGGUUGUUUAUGAGAAUGUUCCUUUGGAAGCAAGACGUUUGUUUGAACGAGCGUUUCAAGAUCUUUUGUAUCUGCAAGCGGAAAAAGAAUCUCUUGAAGAAACUGGCGCUUCCAGGCACCCACAAUGGUCGCUUGGAACGGGUUUGUAUCCCGUACAGGCCUUGGUGCACCCGAUUGAACUGAGAUUUAGAUAUCAUUUCAUGGGAACCAAAGGUACCAAUAGGAUUGACAAGCCAGAAUGGGCUUUUGCCAAUAUCCUUGACCAGACGUACAUCCACCAGACGUUCCUUGCCACUUACAUUCAAACACUCACGUCUCAGGCCGGCUACACUUCAGUAUCUGUCAAGUCCGAGUUUACCCUUCUCCUCCUCCCUAUCCUCCUUUCUCUUUUACGGGCUCGUAUACCUCACCUUUUGGAUCACCCGGCCCUGUUAGCGCAUACUGUAUAUCAGACUGUUGUGUUUGAUGAAGCUGUUAGGGGCGGAGGGUUUGAUUUAAAAGCUACGAGCUUGUAUGAGGGCAGAGAUGCACCAGCUUGGGAAGGUCUCGUCGGCGUUGUCCUUAGGGAAGAUGAUUGGUUUGAACGAUGGUUAACAGGGGAGAAGAAGUUUGCAAAUGCCCGCUUGCAGGAUAUAAUCUCUGCUAACGAUGCCUGGGUCAUCAGUGAAGAGUUGCCUGAAGAAGACGAGGGUCUAUCUAACAUGCGUCCAACUAUUAGCUCUCGUCAGGUGAAAGGACUCGUAGAGCAAAUAAUUGAUCGUUAUGCCCCACUUCCUGAAUUGGAGUACAAGCUUCCUUUUCUCCUUACCGUCCAGUUCCCCAUCCUUGCAACAUAUCAAACCCGCAUUUCAGGCUCGCUAGAUGCUUUUGAGACUCUCUCAUCUGCUUUCGUCAGAGCGGUCCCAGGAGCCCUAUCCGGAAACACAAGAUCGGGGAUCAACUUUGAUCAGAGGGCUCUGACUAGCGGGAAGAUUGGUGUUGAAAGGCUGGUGAAGGCGUUGUUAAGCUCAGACUGGGUUGGAGAAGCAAUGCGCAAGUGGGCAGAUGGGAUAUUCUUUGUGGAGCUAUCCAAUGACCUGCACAACUCUACAGCCCUCAAAUGGAAAAUUCAAUCAGACCCCCUCGUCCCGCAAUCCAUCAAAGCACCCACGGCGGCUGACACGUCAUACCAGACUGCAUCAAUAUUUGACGUGUUGAUUGGACAAUAUGAGCAGUUAUCUAGAAGAGCAGAGGAUAUGAUUGUUAAGCUUGUAACAGUAGAGGUGGAAAAUGAAUUGAAGCAGCAUUUAACGAGGCGAUGGGAUAACCCUCCAUCAGCAGAACCCAUCAACCCCUCAGCUCAUUUCGUCUCUGCUCUCACAACAUACACAUCACACAUCUCUACCCUUCUAUCACUUCUUCCUUCUCUCACCGCCGCUCGUCUAUACAGACGUAUCGUAGACGAACUUUCUAGGCACAUUUUGCAACGCGGGGUGUACUCUGGAUGGUCAAAGUUCAGCGAAAAAGGUGGACAAGACUUCCGGGAAGAGAUUAACGAAUGGAAGGAAGUCACUGCUCAAGUUUUCAGAAGUAACCGAUGGAACAAGGAUGUAUGGGCGAUCCCUUACGAUGCCCCAUGGAACAAACUCGUUCAUGUUAGCAAACUUCUGUCUUUGCCAACAGCACCUUUGCCGCAAUCGGAGAACGACCAAGAACCAACAUUUUCUCAAGCGAUGGCCGUCGCCUGGACAGACAGUUCCAAUUUGGUCGAGUUUGAGGAAAGGCUGGGGGUGGAAAUAGGAAAAGAAGAGAUGCAAAGGAUUUUGAGAAGAAGGAUGGAAUGCUGGCGUUAACACUUUUAAUGUGUAAUAGAUAUAAUUUCAACAUGUCUUGUGUUGAUGCAUUCAACUUUGUC